GUCCUCUGUGCCGUUUCACGAGCCGCAUGGAAAGCACUAUGCCAGGGACCAUCGGUAGAGAAAUGCCGCCGAUUAUGACUGUCUCAGACAGCAGCCUUUGGUGAUUGCCGUUGGACCAUGGCAGUCGCGGUACGGUAGAUUUGGAUGCCAACCCGGUAAGAGUCCCCUGAGGAUGUGGAUUCGGCUGAGAGCAUUUCAGCUCAACGAUGUUGUCGGAUCGCCGCGGCCAAAUCCAGCUUGGAUCGAACCCUGCUGUACGGAGUAACACAGUUGCAAUUCCGGUCAUUCAUGUCGAGGGCGUGGCCUGGGUUACCGAGUCUCAGGGCAUGUUAGGGGGUACUUGAUACUCGGAGUUAUCCGUGACGGCGCAGACACAAAGGAAAUGAUGUCCAUGCUGGAAGUCAACUUCACCCGGCAUACAACGUGAGCCUGUCCCUCAAGAUAUAAAGGUCACCGACGCGACGCCUCUGCCCUUUCCCAAAGGCAUCCGUCUGUACCUCGACAAGCAAACUAACAUGGCGGAACCACGCUCGGUUGUUACCAUCGACGCCUCUGAGCCCCUCGAAAAGAUCAACAGCAUCAUUGCACGCGACGGCGGUGUCAUCGUCUCGAAUUUCCUCUCGCCGGAGCUUACGCAAGAAUGCCUGACAGCUGUUGAGCCAUACCUCGAAAAUCGUCCGUUGUACACAUCUACCGCAACCCACGAGGAGCUGGGCAAAGAGUUCUUUUCGCCCGGCUCUCAACGUGUCUAUGGCCUUUUGGGCAAAAUGCCCGAGCAGAUGACCAAGAUUCUUCGUUUACCAGUGUGGAAUGGCAUAAUGGAACGGUUUUUGAGCGACGAGUUUUCUUCCUACACGGGAGAGGCAUUGAUACCUCAAAAGAGUGGCUACAUGCUGAAUGCAACCACGGCCAUUCGACUGGUACCCGGGGCGAAAGCUCAACCAUUGCACAGAGAUCAAAUGGCAUAUCAAAUCCGCCAUGACCCUAGAAAUCCUCUUUUCACCGUCAUGGUCGGCUGCCUGAUUGCUGCAUCGAAGACUACCAUCAAGAACGGCGCGACAAGGGUCAUCCCGGGUAGCCAUCUAUGGGGAGACGACCGCGCACCCAAGCUCGAGGAGGCUGUUUAUGCAGAAAUGGAACCUGGGUCCGCUCUUUUCACUCUUGGCUCUACUUUCCACGCUGGCUCGGAGAAUAAAUGUGAUUCAAGCGAUCCGGAGGCUUUGCGAACCCUCUUUGCCGUUUUCGGCCAGCGUGACUACUUCAGGCAACACCAAGAAGAGGUCCUGUCUACACCCGUAGAAGUGGCCCGCAAGUUACCUGAUGACAUCUUGAAGAUUACCGGCUACUACAAAUCUGUUGGAGGUGUUGGGUAUGUAGAAGAUCAUCAAGCGCCAGUAGAGUUCUUGCAUCAGGCCCGAAACCUGAACGGCAUUGGGAAGUUGGGCUCGCGGAGUGUCGUGGUGGGAAUUUAACCGGCGUUGCUUGGACUGUUUCGGACGCUGAGAGAGCAUGACCAUGACCGAUCGCGGAUUUGUAAGGCUUCACUGCCAUUGGUACCUCAGGCCGUGUAGGUUACCGGUGGUUACUAGUAUUGGCCAUUUCAGGAUCCGACUUUUUUACGCCCUGUUGCAAGGACUUUGAGCGACUACCGCUGAACUCCGGCACGUCGGCCUAAUCGAGAGCUAGGGAUGGAACAAAUGACUACG